CUUUGGAUCGCACAAAGUAGUGAUAAUGGGAAAACGUAAACGUAAGGAUAAAAAUCGUCAUUUAAAAGAAAAAAUUAGGCGAUUAGAAGAUCGACUCAACCGUUGUUCAUCAUCAGAUUCGGCAACAGACGAAGAAUACAAUGAUUAUGAUCGGUACUACCCAGAACAGUACGAUUACCCUCACAAUCCAGGUAGUGAGGACGAAGUGCCCCUAAUACCGUGGUCUGAUUCGGAACACUCGAUUCCUGAUACAACGCCUAAAUCGGUGAUCAUGCAACCUACACCGAUAGCGGACCCAGUUCUUAAUUCCGCCGUACCCAGUAACGUCAAUGAAACGGUAUCGGCUGAUCCCGGUAUCAGCACCGAGACCGAUACAUCACAAACAUUGCCGUCUGAUAUAUUAGAGGCCCUCGGGGACCCGAAGGGAAAAGAAGAAAUAUAUGGGCCAAAAAUAACUGAUGAAAUCUCUAAACGUUGGGGCCGGGUACUCGUUGAUGGCCUAGAGAAAGAUGUAAAGCAAAAACUGCCUGAAAAGCACCUGAUACCAGAUAACUUUCGUUUAGCUAAAGCCCCUAUUUUAAAUCCUGAGAUUAUAUCGGUGCUCAACGAAUCAGUCAGAUAUCGUGACAAAUUAUUAGAAAAAGAGCAAAACCAACUGGGUCUAGGCAUUUCUGAGCUCACAAAUCUAGCUUCAGCGGUAAUCAAAGAAAACUUAGAUAAAGUCGAAAUACUAAAGAAACUUUCUGAAGCUAGCCAGAUUUUCCUAGACCUUCAUCACGAUCAGACCACUAGGAGAAGAAAGCUCAUAACCACAACUCUUGACAAAAAGUUUGUCAAUAUAAUAUCGGACGUAAAAAGGGAUACCUACCUGUUUGGCGAAAACCUAGGAGAAAAAAUAAAAGCCACAAAAACAGCGGAAACAUCAGGGCUACAAGUGAAGCGUAAAGAGGUCAACGCUAUCGCAUCUACGUCUAGGAAAUAUCCCAACCAGGGAAACUGGAGGGGCCCACCCCGAACAUACUACCAAUACCAAUUACAACAUUUUCAACGAGCACCGAGACAGGGUGGGCCGAGACCGCGCUACCCUCACCAGCAAUACCGGUACCGUCCGCCAGUUCCCGAUCGUCAAGCCCAAUCGACGCGCAAGCCGCCCAACAAGACCCCAAAAGCCUAAUAGAGGAAGAGACACCCUCUCUGGAGUCGCCUUUCCCUGGUGGCAUCACUAUUAUCCGGGAAGCAUUUAGAAGACAAAAUCUAAAUCUAGACACAAUAGAUAUUUUAAUAUCAUCUUUAUCAAAGAACUCUU